GAUAAUAAUACAAGGUGCGCGUUACGUUGUGAUUGUGUAUUUUCACGUGGAUCUCCGGGCCCGCAAUGAAACGAAAGCUGUCCUCUGAGUUUCUCUCUCUCUCGUGAUCAUGGGUGCAGCAGGGGGCCAGAGGCCCAGAAAACACUCCCAGGGGAGAGGGAGAGGGAGAGGGAGACACAGAUGCAGACAUGAUGGGCUUUAUCGUUGCAAAGCGUGAGCGGUUUCUGCGAUUCUUCCGUGUCAGGGGAUAGGGAUACCAGCCAACCGGCCAAGGCCAGAGACGCCCAGGUGACGGAUGUGCAGUUCCACCUAGGACAGAAUCUUUGCAUGAUUAGCCUUACCAAACACGGCGUUUUGGGUUGAAAUUAUAUUAAAGGUGUUGAUUAUUUUUUCUGCUGGAGGGGGGUGGUGUUAGACUGGCUGUUAGUCUUGAACUCUUGGUGGUGUGUGGUGUUGUUUUCGUUCUUUUGGCAACUGGCAAACUGGUUGGCAAUUGGCAUCCCCCAACGCUCACGGAGUCAGUUUACAGUCUCACAGUCACAGCCACGGACCACCACAGUGAGUCCCACAAACGAACGUCUCUUCGUUCCGUCUUGCCUGUUCACGUCGUGAUAUGUGCGCCGGUUUUCUUUUUAAACAGAAAGAGAGAAGUAAAAGAAAUGGACCCCGUCUUUUUUAAAUUUCCAAUUUUGUUGUUCGUCGUGGUUCUGAGUGAUGACUGCUGUUGCUGGAUGCUUUUGGUGCUGGCAAUGGCACGAGUUCAACUUUUUACGAACACCUGGAUGGCAUAGCUGUAAAGAUCACCACCCAUCAGCAUUCUUUACGAUCAGGACCAUCUCACCCAGUUCCCUGCCUUUCUCUCCCUCUACUAUCAGUUCCGUGUCUUCUCUCUCUCUUCCCCUUUUCGAAUUCCACUCCUUUAGUCCUCGUUCCCUGCUUCAGUCCAUGUGAAUAAGGCUUCUUACCGUCUCUCUUAUGGCUUCGACUGGGAAGGCUUGUGUAUUCUAUCGUGAAGGAAACGAUUGGUUUUGUAAUGCUGGUCUGCCAAGUGAUAUUGCUGUUGAAGUAGAUGGUGUUUGCUUCCAUCUUCACAAGUUUCCUCUUGUAUCGAAAUGUGGGAAGAUAGAAAAUUUAUUGGAAGAUUCUCAGAGUAAGCAUGGAGAGACUUUCUACACCACAUUAAGUGAAUUUCCUGGUGGACCUGAUAUGUUUUUGGCUGCAGCCAAAUUCUGCUAUGGGGCCAGAGUGGAAUUGGCACCAAGGAACGUAGUGAUGUUGUAUUGUGCAGCAGAUUAUCUUGAAAUGACAGAGGAAUAUGGAGAAGAAAACUUAUUAGCGAAGUGUGAGAAUUUCUUUCACAAGAAUGUGCUUUGUAACUGGAAAGAUUGUAUUUUGGCUCUUCAAAGUUCUGAUCCUGCCAUUUUGAGAGCUGAAAAGCUACAGAUUUUGAGCAAAUCUCUGAAUUCUCUAUCUAUGAUGGCUUGUACAGAUCCUAGUCUAUUUGGAUGGCCCAUGAUGAUGUAUGGUACCUUACAGAGCCCUGGUGGAAGCAUCCUAUGGAAUGGUAUAAACACUGGGGCAAGAAUCAGAAGCUUGGAGUCUGACUGGUGGUUUGAAGAUGUUUCAUACUUCAGUGUGUCUUUGUUUGAGAGGCUCAUUCAAACAAUGAAAGCAAGAGGUAUGAGACCUGAAAAUGUAGCAGGUGCAAUCAUGUACUAUACAAGAAAGUAUCUACCAGGUCUCAGCCGAUGGCAGAGUGGACAAAGUGGGAAAAGUAGAUCUGUUACAAGUUUUAGCAUGACACCUGCCACUAUUGAUCAGAGGGUUCUGCUGGAAAGCAUUGAAAAGCUGCUCCCUGAGAAGAAAGGGAAAUCUUUUUGCCGUUUUUUGUUGGGGCUUCUACGUGUUGCAAUGAUACUGGAUGUUAGUCAACUGUGCAAGGACUCCUUGGAGAGAAGGGUUGGAAUGCAACUGGAUCUAGCAACUCUUGAUGGUCUUUUAAUUCCUACUUAUUCAGAUUCUGAUACUUUAUACAAUACUGAUUGCGUAGAACGGAUUAUCCAGCAUUUUUUAUCUUUAGAAUCAAGUGUGACAUGGUUUUCUCCUUCAUCAUUUGACCUAGAAACAUCAUCACCAUCUGGUUCCCUACAGAAAGUUUCAAAGUUGAUUGACAGCUACAUUGCAGAGGUUGCUGCUGAUGUAAACCUGAAACCUGAUAAGAUACGAUCUCUUGUGGAMUCUCUUCCAGAAUCUUCAAGGUCCUUUCAUGAUGGACUAUACCGAGCGCUGGAUAUCUAUUUUAAGGCACACCCUUGGCUUUCAGAUAAUCAGAAGGAGCAACUCUGCAGCUUGAUAAACUACCGGAAGCUCUCAAUUGAUGCCUGUGCACAUGCAUCUCAAAAUGAGCGCUUGCCACUCAGAAUCAUUCUUCAAGUCCUCUUCUUCGAGCAGCUACAGUUGCGAACAGCUCUUUCUGGCUGUCUUCAUGUCUUGGAUAAUGAGAGUGCUCCUGCAGGACCUACUACUGCCACUGAUGAGAUGGCAGGCCACAUUGUGCAAAAAAAUGGAUGGGUUACAGUUGUCCGUGAAAACCGAGUCCUUAAAGUAGAUAUGGAGAGAACGAGGGCUAGAGUUGCUGAACUUGAGCAAGAAUUUGGAAAAAUAAAACAAGAGAUGCAUAGGGUGGCUAAAUUGCGUAGCUUCUUCAGUUCCACACGUUUGAUGGCAAAGAGAAUUGGGUGCAAGCUUCUGCCACGAUCCUCUGAUGUACAAGCAGAAAUUAUUGAAAGUGUGGUUCCUAGUCCAAGGGCAUCCACUGAACAGGCACAGCCUUCACACCAUUUAAGACAACGCAAAAGUUUCUCUUUGUUCUCAUCAUAGAAACGAAGAAAGGUUAAGUUAUGUCAAUUCUGUAGAAAAAUUUUGUAGUGGCUAAAGGUGGGUGGAUGUGAAGGUAGUCUUCCACCGCAGAUAAGAUAAGCCAGAACUGGCAGAGUUGGACACUGUUGUUUAUUGGUCCUUGGGUGAUGCUCUAUGCUAAAAAGUUGGUUAAGCGAAGCCAGUAAAAGUUCCUGCAUUCUUUUGGUGAUAAGGGGAGAAAAUACGGAAGUAGCUCAGAGAAAAGAUAUGAAUCAGGUGAUAUGUUCAUCAGAUUACCCCAAAACCAGUACAUAAAUACUUAAAUUGCAUGCAUGUGUUACAUGCAUAAAAGUUAGCUUCUUCCCAUUUUGAUGGAAAAAAGCUUCAGAAUAUGCUAUUUUAUCAUACGAGAGAAGAUGCUCAUUACUGCACAGCAUGACACUUAGUUUAAGGUUUUGCUGUCCACUGGUGAGUGUCCAACUAUCCAAGAUCAGAUCAACGAAUUACAGAGGGCUUGCGAUAUGAUGGAGCUAAGCUGUUUAAAAAUAACAGAAAAGCAUGUAAUUUCCUGCGGUGUAUAUAUGCAUGAUUUAUUUGUAAUACAUUGUUGUACAGCUCUGUGAAACAAGAUAAAGUUUCAGAAAUAUGGGGGGGCCAUGAAAGAUGUUAGGCUCCCUUGCUUUGAACCAAUCGGGCUACCAUUCUUGAAACGCAUUUCUUUUCUUUAUUUGUUUUUUAUGUACUUUUCUUUGGUUAAGGUGGGAACCCACAGACCCAAGGUUGUGAGUAGAAACACCAUCCAUUGGAGCUGUCUAUUCGUAAUA